UUAUUUUAAUAGAUAUGAGGGAGACUUUUCAAAAAUCCAACUGAUACUCCCUUCAUUAUCAAUUCAUCAUGGCUACUAUUUUGACAAAACAAACACUUGUUCUCCUCUUGGAAUUACUGGAAAAGAUUGAUUCUUAUGAAUUCUCUGUCGUCUUCAAGAACACGAAGUUUGACUUUUCACUCUUGGUAAAUCUGAAAGAAACACUGUCGAGGCUUCUAAGUGUAAUUAACGAUGCUGAGGAAAAACAAUUUACCGAUCCUAAUGUGAAAGAAUUGCUGGUUAUGUUGAGGUAUGAUGUAUUUGAAGCUGGCAAAUUACUUGGCAACGUGCAGUAUAAUGUGUAUGAAACCCUAACUCUUACUUCUCAGCUGCGGAAAGAAUUAUCUUUUCUUUUUCAUCGGAUUUAUUCUAACAAGCAAAAAUUAAUUGAAAGAUUAAGUCUUUCUAGUUAUGUUCCCUUUGGAAGCCUUACAAGCUCUGUUGUGGUUGAUAAAUCUUUUAUUUAUUAUGGAAGAGACAAUGAUCAAAAGAUACUUAAAGAUGUUUUGUUGUCUAGUGAUUUUGAUAGUAAAAUUAGAAUAAUUUCUAUUGUGGGUAUGGUAGGGAUUGGUAAAACAACCCUUGCCAAACUCCUUUACAAUGAUGCCCAAGUAAAGGAGAAAUUUGAGUUAAAAGUGUGGGCAAAUAUCUCAAAAGGUUUUGAUGUUUUGACGGUUAUUAAAACCAUUCUUGAAUCUAUUGCUUCACAAACAAUCAUUAGUGAUAACACGAAUUCUCAGCUUGAAUAUUUCAUUGCAAAAGGAAAUGACACUAGUGAUGUGAAAACCAUUGACCAGAAUCUUCUAUUAGUGACAUUGCAGCAAAUUUUAAGCUCUACAAAGUUUUUGUUGGUAUUGGAUGACGUGUUGGCUGCAAAAUCUAUUGAUUGGAUAUAUCUGAUGGACAUCUUUAAUGCGGAAGCAACAGGAAGUAAGAUCAUCAUCACAACACGGAAUGAAAGUGUUGCUCUAUCUAUGCAAACCUUUCUUUUUGUCCACUAUUUGGGACCUCUCGAAAGUGAAAAUUGCAGAUCUAUAAUUGCCACACAUUCUUAUGUAAUAUGCAACUACAAAGACUCCGAUAUAGUUACUGUUUUGGCAGAAAAAUGUGAUGGAUCACCAUUAGCUGCAGUUACACUUGGAAAGGCUUUUCAUCGCAUCACAUUUUCUCAACAUUAUGAGCAGAGUUUUGGGCUAGAAAGUAACAUUUUGAGAUUGGCAAAUUAUGAGGUGCGCAAUGCUCUAGAAUCAAGCUAUUUUUAUCUUUCAGCUCCUAUACAACGUUGCUUUGCAUAUUGUUCAAUUUUUCCAAAAAAGUCCAUCUUACAUAAAAAGAUGGUAGUUCUUUGGAUUGCAGAAGGCUUAGUAGAACUGCCCACAAGUCAAGAAAGUUGGGAAAAAGUUGGAGAAGAAUACUUUGAUGUACUAGUGUCAUGGUCGUUGAUACAACGACGAUCUAUCAAUGACGAGGAAGCAAACUUUGAAAUGCAUAACCUCAUCCAUGAUUUAGCUACAGUGCUUUCAUCAAUUCUACUUGAAAGAGUACAUGAUUUGUCAUACAAUAGGGGGCUAUAUGACUCAUUUUAUAAAUUUGAUCAAUUGGAUGGAUUAAAAGAUCAAAGUACCUUUAUAGCGUUACCAUUACAAGAACAAUUACCUCUUUGUUUACUAUCGAACAAGGUAGUACAUGACUUGCUGCCAACAAUGAAAGAGUUACGCGUGUUAUCUUUGUCAAACUACAAGAGUAUCACCGAGGUUGCCAACUCUAUUGGAAAUUUAUUAUACCUGCGGUACUUAAAUCUUUCUCGCACAAGGAUUGAAAGGUUGCCUUCUGAAACAGGCAAACUUUACAAUCUGCAGUUCUUGUUGUUGUCUGGUUGUAAAAGGCUCAUUGAAUUGCCAGAGGACAUGGGAAAAUUGGUUAAUCUGCAUCACCUUGAUGUUAGUGACACUGCAUUGAGGGAAAUGCCCAUACAAAUAGCCAAACUAGAAAAUCUCCAAAUUUUGUCUGACUUUGUUAUCAGCAAACAUAGUGGUGGAUUGAAGGUUGCAGAGUUAGGAAAAUUUCUCCACCUACAUGGAAAACUUUCCAUCUCCCAACUACAAAAUGUUAAUGAUCCCUUUGAAGCUUUUCAAGCUGGUAUGAAGAUGAAAGAACAAAUAGAUGAGUUAGCUCUAGAAUGGGCUUCUGACAGUAGUUUUUCAGAUUCACAAAUUCAAAGUGUUGUACUUGAAAAUUUACAACCCUCGACAAAUUUGAAAAGUCUCACCAUCAAAGGCUAUGGUGGAAUCAACUUUCCAAAUUGGUUGGGUAAUUUUUUGUUUGGCAACAUGAUGUAUUUAAGGAUCUCAAAUUGUGAUAAUUGUAUAUGUCUUCCACCCCUUGGUCAAUUGGGUAAUUUGAAAGAACUCAUUAUUGAUUCGAUGCUUUCAAUAAAGAGCGUUGGUACUGAGUUUUAUGGAAGUGAGUGUUCUCCUUCAUUUCAACCAUUUUCCUCGUUAGAGACUCUACACUUUGAGGAUAUGCCUAAUUUGGAGAAGUGGAACAUGAUAGGAGGUCCAACUAUAAAAUUUCCCAGUCUAAAAAGUCUGUUACUAAGUAAGUGUCCAAAACUGAUCGGAAACAUACCCGACCAACUUCCUUCCUUAACUGAACAUGACUUGAGGGAACAUGAUCUGCAAGUGAAGUCAAGACAUUCAUAUGAUAAUGGCAAGAAUGUAACUAUAAUUCCAUUAUCAGAUGUAUUCAGCCAGUUGGUGUUCCCUCUCAAUUCUCUUCAACAGUUGACCAUAGACGGCUUUCCAUCUCUGACGUCUUUUCCAAGAGACGGUCUACCAAAAACUUUGAAAUUUCUUAUAAUCAGUAAUUGUGAGAAUCUAGAGUUCCUUCCUCGUGAAUACUUGCACAAUUACUCAUCUCUCGAGGAAUUGAAAAUAUCUUAUAGCUGUAAUUCAAUGAUAUCAUUUACCUUGGGCACUCUCCCUAUCCUCAAGAGUCUGUUUAUCGAGGGUUGUAAAAAUUUAAAAUCGAUAUUAAUUACAGAAGAUGCGUCGCAAAAAAGUCUCUCGUUUCUUAGAAGCCUCAGAAUAUGGGACUGUAAUGAGUUUGACUCAUUUCCCCUAGGUGGAUUAGCCACUCCAAAUCUUGUUUAUAUUGCAAUAUGGAAAUGUGAGAAACUUUGUUCACUACCACUAGCAAUGAACAUGCUAACUGACCUUCAAGAAAUGGAAAUUGAUAAUCUACCAAAUCUUCAAUCUUUUGUCGUAGAUGAUUUACCUAUCAGUUUACAGGUAUUGACUGUUGGCUCUGUUGGAGGGAUUAUGUGGAAUACGCCAACUUGGAAACAUCUCAAUCGGCUGUCGGUGUUGCGAAUUAAAGGUGGUGAUACAGUGAACAUGUUGAUGGUGCCAUUGCUACCGGCAUCUCUUGUGACACUAUGCAUUUGUGGUCUUAAUGAUACAAGAAUUGAUAGGAAGUGGUUUCAACAUCUCAUCUCUCUCCAAAACCUUGAGAUUAUUAAUGCUCUCAAACUCAAGUCGUUGCCAAAAAAAGGAUUACCUUCCUCUCUUUCAGUACUAAGUAUGACUCGAUGUCCAUUACUGGAAGCAAGUCUACGGAGGAAGCAAGGGAAAGAGUGGCGUAAGAUUUCUCACAUUCCCAACAUAGUUAUCGACGACGAAUUGAUCACAUGAGUUUCCUUCCCGGUAGGUGUGUGUUGCUUUGCUAGUGAAUGGGACAUCAUCUUUGUUGCAAAUUCAUGGUGUCUCAGUUCCUUCUGCAAGGGACUUGUGUUGAAGCCAAGAGAUCUUCCAAGGGAUUCAAGUGUGAUUUGUGGCUUGCACCAAGAUGGCAGCAAUGGCAUCUCGGCCAGUAUAUGGGGGAUAUCGUCUUCUUUGCGAAUUCAUGCUUGACUCAGUUCUUUUUGCAAGGGAUUUGUAUUGAAGCCUAGAGAUGUAUCCUACUCCAGUUGUUGCUCUUUUUUCUACUAGAGAUGAGCUUGUAGAGCAAUCUACUAGGCAUCUGAGUCAUUUUCAGGUAUUGUUAUGGAGGACUAGGACUUAACAGACGAGUUCAUUAAUUUUUUAUGAAAAAGCCUAGCAGGAACAUUAAUGUUAAAGUUAUUAAAAUGUAUUUUGAAAAUAUUUAUAAAUAUCUGAAUUGCAUCACUGGAAUAAUUUAGGAUAACCUAGAUAAUACUAAACGUGUUCAUCCAACUGGAAUAAUCUCUCGUCAACCUUUUUUGGUCAUGGUCUACUUUCUAUAAACCUUUGUAUUUUGUGUGUUUGCUUUCAUAGAUUGAAUCCAUUAUGUUUUUUCCAUUACCACCUCAAAUUGAUAGGAUAUGAAGACAAAUGCUUUUUUUUCUCCAGCUGCAAUUAUGAUGCCUAAGGAAGUUAUUUGAUCCUAAAUUAAUUAUGUUGAUCCUAAAUUAAUUAUGUUUUGACUUUUGAGACUAUAAGUUUUGUUGUUGACCGUUUUAUCUUGGUGGCUAAAUCUUCGUUUUCGAGUUUUUUUUAUCCUGUUUGAAGAUCUACCAUGGGCUAAGUUUGAUUGACGGGCUUGCACCAAGAUGGUAGCAGUGACAUCUCAGUCUUCUAGUGUAUUGCAGGAUUCAGAAAAUGAAGUUACAAGUCUUCCCUUUUGCAAAACUAUGUGUGAUUUUGGCAUGUCUUGUGUUGGAAAGGAGCAUGUCAAAGAUGCUGCCCAAAAGGAAGUGAAAAAUUUGGUUUUAUCAAGUUUUAUAUUAGGUUUGUAUUUGCUCAACUGGAGGUAGAUUCAUCCAAUGGUUUUCUCGUCAAAUCUGAAUGAUGUCCUGGGAAUAUACAGGCCUUCGUAGAGAUUUCUUCGACCAUAGCCACGACACAUUCAUCCUAUAUUUAACACAUUCAGAGAAGGAGCAUCCAAACGAUGAAGAGCAGAAGCCAUGGAAGCAAGAGUUUAGUUGAGUAUAAAAACUAGCAACUAUUUACCCAAUUAUGUUAGAGACAUUACAGAACAAUCUUUUCAUUGAUUUUAAAAAUAUAUUGAUUUUCGAAUCCUUUGCUAUACAUGUAAAUAAAGAUGACAUGAGUUAAUAUCAUAGUAAAAUCAUUGCUAAGUGGCUCAAAAAUAAGAUUAUGAAAUGGCCGACAUAUAGUUUAA